AUAAAAACGAAAAGCCAUAGUCAAAGGCAGGGCAGGGGGAGGGCGGAAUCGGUUAAUCAAAUAUUUUGUUUGGCAUCAUACUUCCCUUAAUAUGAAACUAACUACAUUUUGCCCAAUUAUCUCGCUAAGAUGUCAAUGACUAUUGUUUGCUCGUUUGCGCCGUCGCUCCGCCCACUAUGUUUGUCGUAAACCUGGCGCCUGGCUACAAUAAACCCGAGAUAAGAGCGCCCAGGGCUCGCCUCCUUCUCCAAGGCGAUCAAUCGGAUCUCAGGCGGACUACAAGCACUCUCUUACGUAGACAUCCACAAGGAGAGAGCUAACACAACAACACGGCUCAUCCGCUCCACAAAUCCACCUUGUGUGCCGAAACAUGUCGUUGAGCCCAAAGCACACGACGCCUUUCUCAGUCACUGAUAUUUUGAGCCCCAUCGAGGAGACCUACAAGAAGUUUAGUGGCAUGGACAGCACAGGAAACCUCACUUCUCCGCUGGGAGCCUACCGGCAACCCCAGGUUUCUCAGCCUGGCAUGCAACAACACACCAUGGGCCACAACGCCACCGUGGCGGCUACGACCUACCACAUGCCACACGGGGUGUCUCAGUUUUCUCAUAGUGCCAUGGGAGGCUACUGCAACGGAAGUAUUGGCAACAUGGGGGACCUGCCGUCCUACCAAGAAACCAUGAGAAAUAGCGCAGCAGCCACUGGAUGGUACGGAGCCAACCCGGACCCCAGAUAUUCAACAAUUUCCAGAUUCAUGGGACCUUCCACGGGCAUGAACAUGGCGGGAAUGGGAACCUUAACAGGGAUGGCCGAGGCAACCAAGUCGAUGGCACCAUUGCACGCUGCCCCAAGGAGAAAAAGGAGAGUGCUCUUCUCUCAGGCACAGGUCUACGAGCUCGAACGGAGGUUUAAACAACAAAAAUAUCUCUCGGCUCCUGAGAGGGAACACCUGGCCAGCAUGAUUCACCUAACCCCGACCCAAGUUAAAAUCUGGUUUCAGAAUCAUCGGUAUAAGAUGAAACGACAAGCCAAGGACAAAGCAACCCAGCAACUUCAGCACGAGAACAGUUUGUGCCAACAGCAGCAGUCCCCGCGGCGAGUGGCAGUGCCAGUGCUGGUCAAGGAUGGUAAACCAUGCCAAAACGGCUCUGGCACGCCAACACCCGGUCAACAACAAGUUCAGCAACAGCAGCAAACCGGGUCGAGUGGGGUUAUGGCAGCUUCUAACAACGCCAUCACUCAGCACCAAAACCAGCAGGUGAACCCGUUAGCGCAGGCCCCAGACCUGGAGGAAAUGUCACCGAGCCCUUCGUCUCUACACAGCCAAAUUACCAAUAUGGCGCAGAUAGACACUUCGGCUGUAGAUUACACCACCAACAUGGUCAGCCCUAACCUACUGUAUGGUAGGACAUGGUAGGACCAGCUGGGCCACUUUGUUUUAUUUCUUGGAAAUUAAGUACGACACAAGAAAUUAACAAAUACAAAAAAAAAAA